GUCACUGUCAAAAUUGACAAGUAUUAAAUGCAUGUUGAUGCAAAAUCGGUGCAAUUUUUCUCCUAUUUGUAUGGAAACUAAAAUUUUAUGUUCUUGAGAAGGAAAACAACAAUAUUUUAUGUGUUCAGACAUAUAGUUAAAACUAUGGAAACUUCAGCUACUGAGCAAGUCACACUUAAAAAAAUAAUCGAGGGUCCUGCCGAAAUACACCUUGUGUCAGAUGGAGUGUUUUAUAACCCAGUACAAGAGUUCAACCGGGACCUCAGUAUAGCAGUGCUGAAUGUAUUUUUAGAUGAGUAUAUUGCUGAAAAAACAGAGCUUUUUAAGAAAAGGAAUAAGAAUAAAAAUGAAGGUGAAGAUAGUCAACCCCAGAUCGAAGUAAACCUGCUAGAAGCUUUAGCGGCCACCGGGUUACGGAGUAUUCGGUAUGCUAAAGAGGUGCCCAAGCUCAACAAAGUAGUGGCCAAUGACCUCAGCAAGACAGCUGUUGAGACUAUGAAAGUCAACUUUGAAAAAAAUCUGGUGGCUGAUAAAGUGGAACCAAGUCUAGAUGAUGCUUGCAUGCUAAUGUACAAACACAAGCACCCGUCCUCGCGCUUCGCCGCCAUCGACUUAGACCCGUACGGCUGUCCGUCUCCCUUCCUAGACGCUGCUGUUCAGAGCGUGCAAGAUGGCGGUCUGCUACUGGUGACGGCGACGGAUAUGGCUGUCCUGGCUGGCAACUCGCCGGAGACAUGCUACAGUAAAUACGGUGCUAUUAGCUUGAAGACAAAAUGCUGCCAUGAGAUGGCACUAAGAAUACUACUCCAGUGCAUAGAGUCUCACGCGAACCGGUACAGCCGCUACAUAGAGCCGCUGCUCAGUAUAUCGGCUGAUUUCUACAUACGAGUGUUCGUCAAGGUGCACACUGGAGCUCUGCAAUGCAAACAGACGACUAGCAAGCUAGGCAUGGUGUACCACUGCAAAGGCUGCGACAACAUGACGCUGCAACCGCUAGGGGACUUCAAACCCAACCCUACAGAGAAGCGGCCCGAUCAGCAGAAAGCCGUGCUACCACCCGCGCCUACCGUGGGUGCCCAUUGUGAGAACUGCAACCAGAGGCACAGUUUAGGAGGCCCAGUGUGGGCAGCGCCGAUCCACAGCGAGCGAUUCGUCACGGACGUCCUGACUCGCGUGGAGACCGACGACACCCUCGCACUGCGCACUAGUAACAGGAUACUCGGCGUACUGUCUAUGGUCCGCGAGGAGCUGCACGACGCGCCCUUCUACCACGCGCUGGACAAGAUGUGCGGCCGCGUGCACGUCACCUGCAUGCCCGCGCUGCUCAUGCGGUCAGCGAUCCUGAACGCAGGCUACAAGGUGUCGUAUUCACACGCGUCGAAGCUGUCCGUCAAAAGUCCCGCGCCCGCGCGUCUGCUUUGGGACAUCAUCCGUGCCUGGGCAAAGGAACACCCCGUCAACCCCAAGAGAGUGGAAGCUGACCCGAUAGCGAAGCACAUCCUCUCUCAUGAAAUAACGCACACCAUAGACUUCAGCGAGCGGCCCGAUGCUAAUCCGUGUAGCAGACGGGAUGGUCGCCUGCGUUUCCAGUUUAACCCUGAACCGCAUUGGGGGCCAGGUUCCCGCGCUGUCGUCAAUACUGGAGACAACAGGAUGGAAAAGGCGAAACGGAACCAAAAUAAAUAUACAAAAGAUAAAGUUGCAAAGCGACAGCAUUCGGAGAGUGAUGAGGAAACUAGGAAGAAAUGUAAUGUUGACAAUGAGAACAAUGUGUAAAAUAAAUGUGAAUAUCGA